AUGGAUGCGUUUGAGGUAGGGAACGAGACAAUGCAGAUGUCUUGCAAGCACGUUUACCACGAGAAUUGCAUCGUUCCGUGGCUAAAACUGCAUAAUUCUUGCACGAUGUACAGGUACAAGCUCCCCACCGACGAUCCUGAUCACGUGUCGCUAGAUAUUAGAGCGGCAGAUGCUAGUGUGGGGCGAAGUGGAGGAACGAGGCUGGCUUCAGCGGCCGGGGAAGAAGAAAGAAGAAGUUCGGGACGCAAGGCAAUGCAGAGGAGGGUUAGAAUCUCGCUUUCGCGGUCUUUGAGAGGUUUUGGUUCACAUGCUCAGCGGAGCGAUAAUGGUGAAGAUACGAACGAUAGUUACAAUAAUUCUAGCUUGGAUGAGGAUUUUUAA